CUUCCCGGCCUUGUCCUCUCCCUUCCCCCCGCCGCCCGAGAGCCCCCCUUGCACGCCGCCCCCCGCCCCCCGGCGCCCGGACGAUGCUCAAGUCUCGGCUCCGCAUGUUCCUCAACGAGCUGAAGCUGCUGGUGCUGACGGGCGGGGGGCGGCCCCCGGCCGAGCCGCAGCCCCGGGGGGGCGGGGGAGGCGGCUGCGGCUGGGCGCCCUUCGCCGGCUGCUCGGCCCGGGACGGCGACGACGACGAAGAGGAGUACUACGGGUCCGAGCCGAGAGCCCGGGGCCUGGCCGGCGACAAGGAGCCGCGGGCCGGACCCCCGCCGCCGCCCGCGCCGCCGCCGCCGCCCCCGGGGGCUCUGGACGCCCUGUCGCUCAGCAGCAGCCUGGACAGCGGGCUCCGAACCCCUCAGUGCCGAAUCUGCUUCCAGGGCCCUGAGCAGGGGGAGCUCCUGAGCCCCUGCCGCUGCGACGGCUCCGUGCGCUGCACGCACCAGCCCUGCCUCAUCCGCUGGAUCAGCGAGAGGGGCUCCUGGAGCUGUGAGCUCUGCUACUUCAAGUACCAGGUCCUGGCAAUCAGCACCAAGAAUCCCUUGCAGUGGCAGGCCAUCUCCCUGACAGUCAUCGAGAAGGUCCAGAUUGCAGCCAUAGUUCUGGGCUCACUCUUCCUCGUCGCUAGCAUCUCCUGGCUCAUCUGGUCCUCACUUAGCCCUUCAGCCAAGUGGCAACGGCAAGAUCUGCUCUUUCAGAUCUGCUAUGGCAUGUAUGGCUUCAUGGAUGUUGUCUGCAUAGGCCUCAUCGUCCAUGAAGGCUCCUCCGUCUACCGUAUCUUCAAGCGCUGGCAGGCAGUAAACCAGCAGUGGAAGGUCCUGAAUUAUGACAAGACCAAGGACAUAGGAGGAGAUGCAGGGGGAGGGACGGCAGGGAAGCCGGGCCCCAGGACCUCACGGACGGGCCCCCCUGCUGGGGCCACCAGCCGCCCCCCGGCUGCCCAGCGCAUGCGGACGCUCUUGCCUCAGCGCUGUGGCUACACAAUCCUGCAUCUCCUUGGACAGCUGCGGCCACCAGAUGCCCGUUCCAGUUCCAAUUCUGGCCGUGAAGUUGUCAUGAGGGUCACCACAGUCUGAACUGAACUUCAGGAGUGGGGAUGUUGAGUCAAUGCAUCGGCCAGAGAUGCGCUGUCGUGGCUGCUGGAGGCACCACUUGGACAAGGUGUCCGGGGCACACCGCCUCCACCACCGAGGGUCUCCGUGGACAGCUUCACGCUGGAGACACUGUCUGGCCUCUACUGCCCGCUGGGUAGAGACACCUGGAUACAUUCCAGUCCCCACUGACAGCCCCUCACACUCAUCCUGGGGCAGCCAGUGGGCAGGUGGGGAGAGCAUCAUUUCUUCCCUAGAGAACCGUCCUUACCUCAGCUCCUAGGGCCUCCAGCCCCCCAGCUCCACUAUGGUGACUUGGUGAAGGGGGACCAAUGCCAGAAGAAAGGGGCUGUAGACCCCCCCCCCCAUUCCCCACCCCAUGGCCACAGGGCAGCUGGCAAUAAGACUAGUAAACACUGACCUCCCGUUCCCUGCAUGAGGGCGGGGGUACUUCCCUGUGCUCCACCCCCCCAUUGCAUGGGGGGAAGGGCAUAAAGAAUCAUUUAUAUGCACAUGGAGACUCCUUUCUCAUCCGGGGGUUUUCUGGAGGGUUGGGAGGUGUGGGGAAGUUUCUCUGCAGAGGUUGCAAAUCCCUAAUGCAGCAGUGGUUUCUGAUUUGGAGGUGUAACUCCCACUUGGUGGUGAAUAAUUCUCAUUGGCUGGGGGGUGGCAGUGCUCAGAAGCAUCUCGGGUGGACCUGACACCUGGGUGUUGUGUGAUUUAGAAAAAAAAUCUCCACUGUGGUUUUCCUGUCUACCUCAUGGCGCUGAAUUGAGGAUAAAUGAGGGACAGGUUGAAUGCCAUUGUAGGGAAAAUUAGUGAUGGCAUAAAAAGAUUUCUAGACUAGUUGAUGGUGCAUUUAUUUCAAAUAAUAGCUGAUUUACAAAUUCCAAAAUGUUUUUCAACUGGAGUUACAGAGUCUUGGAAAUUUGUCUUAAGUAUCAUAAUAGAUACGGAAAAUUUGAGGGGAAAUAGACAUUGCAAAUGUGAAGGAUGGUGUUUAUUUGCAAGAAUGAGAGCUCUUCCAGUCCCUUAAACAUUGGGGGCUGGAGCAGUCCUUGUUCAGGGAAUCUUGCAGGUUCUAUCAAUCCCUGCUAGGUAAUGUGCUCACCAGAAGUGGUGUGAAGUGAAUUUGGACUCGGGAGUGAGACAGACAGACUGUCCCUGGGUUAUGAGUCUCCAGCCCCAGUUUAGGCUCCCUUGUUCAGGGUCAUGGUCUGAUCCUGGUGUGCCCCAGCUGGUUGAUAUUAACUGGAAGAUCUUGUGCUUUGAGGCAGGUGCGUAGAGGGCUGAGAAAAGGUUUGGGAAGGACUGAAUAAGAUGCCAGCGCGAUGCCUGGCCCCUUUCUCUUGCGGCCUUGGGGCUGUGUGUUAUAUGAAGGAUGGUGUCUUUUAUGUGAACUAUUCAUCAGCAAUUAAAAUAAUUACUUCAUAACAUUGCUUAA